AUGAGGCAAGCCAAGAGAGCGCCAAAGGAAGUCCAAGGGAAAAUCUGUCCCUAUAAUGAACAGUCCCAGUGGUCCGUUCCUGUUCUGCUGACAUCUUUUGCAUUGGACUUUUCAUGUCAGUGGGGUAGCUGUGCCAGGGUGCUGCUUGUCCGUGGAGCUGAUAAAGAAGUGAGGAACUACAACAGCCAGAGUCCUUUUCAGGUUGAUAUUAUAGCUCGAAAUCUUGAGGUUGCUGAAUUUAUAAAGAACCACAAAGAGGCUGAUAUAGUGCCUUUCCGCGAGGCUCCAGCAUACUCCAAACAACGCGGAGGCCCGCAAUCUGGCAACAGUGGAAACAGCCAGUCACCCACGUCUUUAUCAGCUCCACGAGUUUUGCUGCGCUCCAACAGUGACAACAACUUUACAGUCAGUCAGUACCAGCAGCACGGUUCACCCGGCAAUUGGGGGACCCAUUUUCAGCAACACCCAAACAGGCCCCCUCAGCAGGGUAACUCACAGCCUGGCUCUUCAGCGUUACAUCGCAGCUUGUCACCCCAGCUGCUUCAGCAGAUGCCCAGCGGCAGCCCCAAUGGCAACGUGGUGGUUCGAACCAUGGGAAGGGGGGCACGAAGCCGGUCACCCUCCCUCAGCAGGCUGGGGGAAGAGGCCCGACGGGCAGUACCCACUCAGCGUCAACCAAGUCCCAGCAGUCAUGGCGAGGCAGUAGGAUUCAGAAGGAAGCUGUACAGUGCGGUCCCAGGGAGACACUUUGUGGUGGCUCGUCCUUACACGGCCCAGGCCGAAGGAGAAAUCAACCUCUACAAGAAUGAUCGAGUCAAAGUUCUCAGCAUCGGAGAAGGGGGCUUCUGGGAGGGUAGCACCCACGGCCAGUUGGGCUGGUUUCCAGCUGAUUGUGUGGAGGAGAUCCCGACAAAGGCCACGGAGGAGAGGAGCUAUUCCAGAGCGGACCGUGCUGACAGAAGAAAGCUCUUCAGACACUACACUGUGGGUUCCUACGACAGCUUUGACGCCUCAAGUGACUGCGUGGUGGAUGAGAAGACAGUGGUGCUUCAGAAAAAGGAGAAUGAAGGAUUCGGCUUCGUUCUGCGCGGGGCAAAAGCGGAUACGCCCAUUGAGGAGUUUACUCCCACCCCGGCCUUCCCGGCUCUGCAGUAUCUGGAGUCAGUGGAUGAGGGAGGCGUGGCUUGGCAGGCGGGGCUAAGGACAGGGGACUUUCUCAUCGAGGUAAAUCAAGAGAAUGUGGUGAAGGUGGGCCACAGACAGGUGGUCAACAUGAUCCGCCAGGGGACGAACCGCCUCCUGAUCAAGGUGGUGACAGUCAGCCGGAAUCUGGACCCUGACGAUACGGCACGCAAAAAAGCUCCACCACCACCAAAGAGAGCCCCAACUACAGCCCUGUCCAUGCGCUCCAAGUCUAUGACAUCCGAAUUAGAGGAACUAGCUACCCUAAGGAAAAAGAAAGGUGACAAAGUUGAAGAAAUGACACAUGCCCAGAAGACAUCGCCAAUCAAUACAAAGAUCGCCACAAUAAAGCCACGCCCAUCCAGCCGCUGCUUGGUUACGUCUACUGAUCUGAAUUCCAUGUACCAUGACCGGCAGGGAGUAGCAGUGGUACCACCAACUGUACCAGGGGCGUUUUUGGGCUUACCAGAAAAGGCCACACUAAGGAAGCAAAAGUCCAUAGGUACAGCAGAAGAGGAGAAACAGGGAUUCCUUACUCCCCCUUUGCUCAAGUUUUCUCGCAGCCUUUCAAUGCCUGAUACUUCAGAGGACAUCCCUCCUCCUCCAGCCAUUUCACCCCCCUCACCACCUGGCUACAACUCACCUGCUGGCGCAGCAUCGAAAGGUUAUGGUACCACGAGACCCAGCUUCACUCAGAACUCACCUAAUGCUGUGACAACCAUUAGUAGACUCACAGAUGCUGGUACAUUGAGGCGGGGCUAUUUCAGACAGAGUUCAGAGCAUUUUGAGAGCACACGCACUCGAGGGCGUGCACCGGUGCCAGAAAACCCUUACUCUGAGGUUGGCAAUAAGAAUUUAUAUGUGCCAGCGAAACCAGCCCGAAGGAAGGGCAUGCUAGUAAAACAGCCAAAUGUUGAGGACAGUCCAGAAAAAAACUGCCAUAUGCCAGCAAGUUCCUCAGGCGCUGUUUCAAUGCCAACUACACCUGUUGAGCGAACAUGCUCUUCCAUCCCCAUUCCCACUAUCAUCGUCAAGGAACCUUCCACUAGCAGCAGUGGCAAGAGCAGCCAGGGUAGCAGUAUGGAGAUUGAGCCAACCACUCCAGAACAUCCAUCUCUCAUGCCUACCGUUGGUGGAGGUCUGCGUCCUGAAGACCCAAUGUCUCUAAGCAACCCAUUUGCCGCAGCUAUUGCUGGGGCAGUACGAGACCGGGAGAAAAGGCUUGAAGCAAAAAAGAACUCAAUUGCAUUUAAGUCAAUAGAUAUGACAGAUGAUGACUUAAGUGGCCCUAUACCAACCCCUCGCCUCCGCCAGUCAAAGUCCAUUGAUGAGGGAAUGUUUAGUAGUGAUGAACGACUUAGAAGGAUGAUGGCUCCCCCAAUGCACCUUGGACCUCCUGUUGGGGGGGGCAGUGGUAACAUGACAGAUUUUAACACGCCAGAGCCCACAGUUGUUCGGGAACCUCUAAACACUAGAACAGGCCAAUGUCUCAACCUGGACAGUCCUGUUAGUCUCCCAGCCACACCCCCAAAAAGCCACUACAGGGCCAAUGGGACCUACCUUCAUCCUGUCACUGGUAAACCCUUGGACCCUAAUUCUCCACUUGCAUUGGCCCUUGCAGCUCGUGACCGAGCCAUGAAGGAGCAACAAAACCAUCAUCAAAAUCAGCAACAAAAUCCUCCUCAGGUUCAACAAACCCCCAAACAUGAAGCUCAGUCCCUCCCUCCACAGCCAAGCCAAAAAAAAGACCUCAACCAACCACUCUUUAUUGAUACCAAGCUGCGGUCUGGGAUUGAGACAAGUUUUGCUGCAAUCUCAUCAUCAACAAUGGGCCGUCCAGGGCGAGGUGGCUUGCGGAGGCAGAUGACUGAGCAGAAAUACGAGUCUGAUGGGGCACGGGAGGAGCGAACGCAUCAGGCAGUUGAGGAGAGGAAAAGUGCUCCCCCAGAUGUGGCUGACACACCUAAGUCAGCUGGGUUGUUGAUGGUUCACACCAGCACAGAAGCAAGCAACAAGGUCAACAACCAAGAGUUGGAAGGGCAAGACAGCAAUCAACCAUUUGAGCUAAAAGACAACAAUCAACUCGAUUCUCGCAAUGCCCAAGCAUUGUCUGUUAAUCCCCUGCCCUCCUCGGCACGAAGACGGAGCAUUCCUUUUGGGGAAUCCGUGGAUGAACCUGUAAAGCUGCCCUUUCGUAUCCCUCCACCCCCUUUGGCUUCAGUUGACAUUGAUGAGGAUUUUGACUUCACAGACCCUCUUCCACCUCCUCUAGAGUUUGCAAACAGCAUUGACAUUCCAGAUGACCAGGCUAGUGCCAUUGCAGAGAUGAUUCAGCAACAGAGAAGAAACGGGGGACCUCUCCUACCGCCAUACAAUGCCCAUGCACCCCCACCUGUUUCUGAUCAACACAAACGUGUGACAAACAGUGAUCUCCCUUCAUAUCCUGCACCCCCGCCAAACCCAGAGACAGCGGUUGGUGACUCUGGUGUUGAAGAGGUAGACAGUCGCAGCAGUGGAGACCCUCAGCACACAGAGACAACAAGCACAGUGUCUAGCAUCUCUACCCUGUCGUCAGAGGGAGGCUUCUGUGACAGCACCUUAGAGACUCUUCAUGCCACUGUAGAUGGUCAUUCCUUUCUUAUAGACAGACCUGCUGUGCCACCCAAACCUAAAGGCAAAUCUGUCAUCAACAGAACAUCCCUUUAUCAUGAUACCCUAAUUGAAGAACCUCAAGAAUCUUUUGGGUCGCCUCCUCAGGCUAUUCCUGUUCCUCCUUCAUCCUCUGAAUCUUCUAGAACAUCAAAGCUGUGGGGUGAUCAACACUCUGAGAUUCACAGCCCUCCAUCUACACCAGAUACCAAGAACACCGUAAUCACAGAGUUGAGCUCCAUUCUGCAACAAAUGAAUCGCGAUAGGCCGCCCAAGUCAGGAGAAAGCCUUGAUUCCCCCACAGGAAACAGGGGGACCUUUGGAACAAGGCCCACAACUGAAGACUCAGGAAUGCAUAGCAACACCACUGCUGCCACCUUCAUGUCCACGCCUCCGAGCAGCCUUCCUUCUCAGACACACCCCUGCAGCCCUCCAGACUCCGCCUCCUCUCUCACUCCCUGUUCUUCACUGCCCCCCUCGGUGUCACCCACCCUCACGGAUGUCUUCGGACUGCCCACCCCGCCUAUGGGCAGCAGUGGUGGGUACAGCCUGAGCUCCUCAUGCGGCGGGAGCGGGAGCUCACGUUCUCCAUCGCCACUGACUCUCAUGCAGGCGGUGGUGGCGUCGGGGAAGCCCUUCGUUUCCAAGCCCAUGGAACUGUGGAACAAGUACGACGUGGCUGACUGGCUGGAGAGCCUCAACCUGGGGGAGCACAGGGAUGCUUUCCUAGACAAUGAGAUUGAGGGCGCACAUCUGCCCUCCUUACAGAAAGAGGACCUGAUAGAUCUGGGUGUCACCAGGGUGGGGCACCGCAUGAACAUUGAGAGGGCCCUGAAGCUGCUGCAGGACAGAUAAGCCCUGAAAAGAAUGGCAGAGGUCACACAAGGAGCGGGAGGUCUUGUUUUUACCCAACUUUUCAUACUACAGCAGCUCAAAAUCUGGAAAUUUUGUCCAAGUUGAUGCUGUCUUUUGCUUUUUUUUCUCCUCCAUCCCAACACUGCCGUCAGGUCUGCCUCCCAUCUUUGGGGAUGUAGAAAGAGGAUUGGAAUAUUGUGUGUCCUCAAAUAUGUGGAAAUAAUUUGUUUCACAUGAAGACUGGGGCUUACCCAGCUACAGUUUUGGAAUACUGAAGACCUUCUCCAUGUGGCCCAUGUGUGGGUGCAUGAAAACCAGCUGAGCUGGUAUUUGUUCCUUUUCUAUCUUUGCUAGAAUUUGUUCAGAGAACAAUAUUUCUUCACUAGAGUCCUACCGGAGUUAUAUUUCUGGGUGCAUCUAAACUUGUAGAGAAACACUUUUUGCUUUUCACCUCCUUUUGUCAAACAAUGUUAGCUGUAGGAAAUCUCAUUUUGUGGCACACACACUUAAUGCACACAAAUGGACGAGUAAGGUGCCACGGUCUUCACAAAUGCGCACACACUAAACAUGAAUACACACACGCCAAAUGUGGCGUGAGGAGGUUAUCAAAGGAAGUGCUCCCGCCCACAUUUCAAGGUGGCCAACCAAAACAUUGGAGCAGUUCAUCUUGAUAAGACCACAUCAGAUUGUCUACUGCAGGACACCUUUUCAUAUCUUGGUUAUUACUUCACAAGAUGUGUGUGUGUGUUUGUGUGUGCGUGUGUGUGUGUGUGUGUGUGUGUGUGUGUGUGUGUGUGUGUGUGUGUGUGUGUGUGUGUGUGUGUGUGUGUGUGUGUGUGUGUGUGUGUGUGUGUGUGUGUGUGUGUGUGUGUGUGUGUGU